AUGGAUGGCAUUUUCAAUAACCGAAGGCUAUUCGUUGCACCCCGCAAUGGAGCUGUAUUGGUAAGCGGUGAUCGUCUGCGAGAUCCACGAAACGUGAGUAUUCUUGACGGUGAUCCAACCUUCUCUGCCUAUGUCUGCACACCACCGCAACAUCAAUAUCGCGAUGAUUUUUCGUUUUCCAGAGGCCUUCCAGCAACCUCGUCCUGCAACGAGAUCGUCAGCCGACCCAGCCAGAACGGAAGCGUUGUUGCACCCAGCCGUCCUCAUGUCCGAAAUGUUCCCAUACAAAUUGUUCCAGCAGCCAGAUCACAGCUUCGCAUUAGGCCAUCAGUAUCGAACCCACAUCCACGAGCCACAUCUACCCUUGGCAGAUUUCCAGUCGAUGCUACAGAUGCAAGGUUGAAGUCAAAUGAGGGAGGCCUAAUGGAUGGUGAUCGUAUUGUUUGGUUUGAUGCAGAGGGCAUCCCUCGCCGUGGUACUGUUCGAUGGUGUGGCUAUCUACGUGGUCACACGAAAGUUUACGUCGGGGUUGACUUCGUGAGUUCUUUUUUUACUCUUAGCCUUUACAGAACUGUUGUUGCUGGCAAAGAAAAAAAAAACUGA